UUAUCAACCGCCAUCCCUUUCAUAGGAGUGGAAGGCUAGGCUAUUAAUGGAGCAGUCCUCCGCUGUCAAGUGCCCUUCAAUUUCUUAUCAUUUAGCAGGCACCAAGAAGAUACAACAAGAGCUUGCAAAACCCAAUGUUCUUGAGAGAGCAGAGCACUAUGGAAGAGACAUUUGUGCCUUUUCGCGGGAUCAAGAAUGAUCUUAAGGGCAGGUUGUUGUGUUACAAACAAGAUUGGACUGGUGGCUUCAGAGCUGGCUUCAGGAUUUUGCCUCCUACCACAUAUAUAUUCUUUGCAUCUGCAAUCCCAGUCAUUUCAUUUGGGGAACAACUAGAUAGAAACACUAAUUUGGGUCACAAACUGUUUCUUCCAUGGACUGGAUGGGUGUGCGUGUGGACUGCAAUCUUGCUGUUCUUACUGGCUAUCUUAGGAGCUUGCUCCAUUAUCAACAGAUUUACUCGAAACGUAAUAAUGAUAUAAGAAUCUCAAAACGUGCAAAGAUGUUGCCGCAUUAGAUAUCAAUAUGGGUUGCCCAAAAUCAUUCUCUAUUAGUGGCGGAAUGGGCGCUGCAUUAUUGACUAAGCUGGCGCUUAUUCAUGAUAUCUCUCCAAGGAAAUAGGCUGACAGGGAAAAUUCCAGAGGUGAUAGGUCUAAUGCAAGCCCUUGCUAUUUUGGAUUUAAGUGAGAACGAACUAGUUGGGCCAAUUCCACCAAUUCUUGGCAAUUUGUCUUACACUGGAAAACUGUAUCUCCAUGGCAACAAGCUUACAGGACCGAUUCCACCAGAGCUUGGCAAUAUGUCAAAGCUCAGCUACUUGCAAUUAAAUGGCAAUCAAUUGGUUGGUGGAAUCCCAGCUGAACUUGGGAAACUUGAGCAGCUUUUUGAAUUGAAGCUACAAAAAAGGCCCAAGAAGAGGCUUCUGAGCAUGUGAGAUGUCUGGAAGAAGAUUUGGGAAAGUUGAGUACAAGUUUUUUGUUGAUGGAGAAUGGCGGCAUGAUGAGCACCAACCAUUUGUAAGUGGAAAUUAUGGGGUGGUGAACAGUGUCUUCUUAGCUAGGGAGCCUGAUGGGUAGAUCUAGUAUGGAUGUGGAUAAUGAUCCAUUUUUUCAUUUUUUGGAAGCAAAUUAUCUUACAAAAGCUUUUGUAAUACAAGUUGGUCUAGUUGAUAA